AUGGGUUGGGUCUUUCUCAGCUGCUCCUCAUCCCUCACCACUGCAGAUCUGAUUAAGCCACAUUCAGCAGAGGCUUAAACUCAGCAAUCAAGUCAUCACAGCCCAGCAAAUGAGGAGCAGUCAUACUGAUAGUCUGCAGGUCUGCCUUCAGAGUAGACCUGAAAAAUCACCUGUAGGCAAUGGUGCCUGAAAUAUCUCCUUUGUAAAGUGAAAGCAAGUAUCAACUCUUAAAGACUGCAGCUGUGCCACAGUGGGCAGUGAUUUAAUCAGUAUAUCUUCUUGGACUGAGAGAUUGCAGAGAAAAACUUGUGAAAUGGAUCUACUAACUGCAAUAAUUUUCCUGGCUGCUUUGCUGCAUCAAUCUGAUGGGCAGGAUGUAAAGUAUAAACAAGUGGACAUUUCCAGACUUACUCAUUUUUCAUUUCAAAACCAAAAAGAGAUCCUUGAGCAACACAAUGAAAUACGGAGAUCUGUAAUUCCCACAGCCAGGAACAUGCUGAAGAUGGUGUGGAGUGAGAAUGCUGCCAGAAAUGCUCAGAAAUGGGCAAAUAGGUGUGAGAUGAAAAUCAGCCCAAAAGAUCAGAGAAUCAUUAAUGGUGUUACCUGUGGUGAGAACGUAUUACUAUCAUCUUACCCAAGAACAUGGUCUGAAGCAAUUCAAGUCUGGAACAGUCAGUCCUCCAAUUUCAAGUAUGGAUAUGGAGCAGUCACGAAAAAUGUCAAUAUAGAGAGCUAUACCCAGCUAAUCUGGUACAACAGUUACCAGGUUGGAUGUGCAGUUGCCUACUGUCCUAUGAACCCCUUCAACUACUUUUAUGUUUGCCAAUACUGUCCUCCAGGAAAUAAUGCAAUGCAAAUAGCUACACCUUACAGAAGUGGACCAAAAUGUGCAGAAUGUCCUGGCCACUGUGACAGAGGACUUUGCACCAAUCCUUGCAAGUACCAAGACUUCUUUGGAAACUGCAGAAAUCUGAAGAUGUUGUUUAGUUGUAAUCAUUCACUGGUGAAGGCGAAAUGUCCUGCUACCUGUGGCUGCACCACUGAAAUCAUAUAAUGUCCUGGUGGAUGUCAUUAUAGCUGCUGUGAGACUUAUUAGGAAAGAGUAGAGCUCACUGUGAAGUGUAUUCACUCUCAGUGUAUCAGCUCAUGUUGACCUAUAGGUGACAUUUUUUUCUGAUGUCUCACCAUUACUUCAGUCCUAAAUAAGUCUAGUAGCUCAAAAUAAUCUCUGAUGUUAUUUUAGGCUUUGUAGAAAUCAAGCUACAGAUGUGUUACUUUGUGGUUUCCCUUACAGCAAAUCUUACACAUUCAUUUCUUCUUAAUGGGACAAACACUUUUAAAACUCCUUGUGUCUUUUGCAAAAUAUGCUAAAUCACACAUAGCUUUCUUCUGUUACUUUUUCCUUGAUUAUAAAUGGAAUGUAUUCCAGCUAAAUAAAUAUGUGAUUUACCACUGCUUCA